AUGUCUUAUGCGGUCUUCAAAGCAGACUCGGCCGGAGAAAUAGACGUUCCGACGGCGAAACCCUUGAGAGGUUCAUAUAGCGAGGCUGACCCAAUGGGAUUGUUCAUGAGUGUCGAACCGUGUGAAGAUUUUCCAUUUGGCGCUUACUUGCGACACACUCCACCUGUACCAUUUAUCUAUAAUCUAAUUUUAUUGGACUGCAGUAACCGUGAACUAGCAAGGUUACCGAUCAGGAAACAUUUCAUGCAUCCGAAAUUAGAACGAACCGAAAUUGAAGAAGAUGGCUUCUGCGGGACUUUAUUCAAGCCACCAGGUGAUGGUCCCUUCCCGGCAGUUAUUGAUAUCUCUGGUACAGGUGGAGGUAUUCACGAGCACAAGAAGCCGAUCAAAUGGUUGAAGCGGCAACCGUUCACAGGUCGACUCGGCAUUCAAGGCGUCUCCUUCGGUGCAACUAUCGUUUACGUCCUAGCGACACGUUAUCCUCAGGUAAGACAGUAG